AUGGACCCCACACCCUCCUUCCACCGCCGAUCCUCCUCCUCCUCCUCCGACCGCCUCCUCGGCCCCUACCCCUUCUCCCCCUCCCCCUCCUCCGCCGCCUCCUCCUCCGCCGAAGAACUCAACGAAGCCGAACUUUUUUGGGCCACCGAUUCCUCUGAAUCGGAACCCCAACGCCCAACGCCCCCACCAAAAUCUCGCCUCCGCAACUUCGAUCGCCCCGUGGAUUCCGGAAUACUCGUCGUGCUGAGGGAAACCGAAUCCCGCGGCGGCCUGUUCCGCGGCAAGUCCCCCGUUCCGACCUCUUCGCGGAUGACGAUUCCGUCGCUUCCGAGGCCGCCGGCGGCGUCGCCGUCCGCCGAUUACCUCGCGCAGUCCGCGCCUUCCAGAAAGUUCCAGCAAUCGGCGCCCGUCAAGGUCCCGAUUCUCCUCUCUGCCAGCGCCUCCAGGCGGAAAAACGCCGACGACUUCGCGCGCGUAGUCGACUACGACGACGAUGACGAGGAGAUGCUUCCGCCGCACGAAAUCGUUGCGAGAGGCUCCGGCGUUUCACCCAAAACCACUUUCUCGGUGUUGGAAGGUGUCGGGAGAACGCUCAAAGGGAGGGAUCUCCGUCAGGUUAGAAACGCCGUUUUGCGCCAAACCGGUUUUCUCGAUUGA